AUGAUAGAAAAUGAUGUUAUAUCUAACGAGAUAGAUAUUACCGCGCAAGAUAUUUCGUCAUCACAUUCAUCUGAUAAUAAUUCAAGUCUUGGCAGAUUGCAGAAUAUAGAUUCUGAGACUAACUCUAUAAAAGAUAAAGGCGAUCAAAAGGAUCAUCUAAGGGAGAAAGAGAUAAAGAAAAAGGAGAAAAAGAUGGAAGAGAAAGAAGGUAUUACUCGAUCAUUGCCAAUCCGAUUGAUUCGUCAACCAUCCGAAGAAGGCUUUCAUCAGGUUGUCAAAUUUAUAAAACGUAUAACACGAAGAGGAGAAACAGAAAUUUCAGAAUCAAAAUCAUUUAAUCAUAUUGAACUUAAUGAAGGAAAAUCCUCAUCAGAAAAGAAAGAUCUUUGUGAUGUACCGGUUAGCAAAGAUUUGACUAAUCAAGAAUUAAAUAACCGUACCAUUUGCAUGGAACAAAAUUUAAGUGCAGAAAUUCAAUCUCAACCUGAAUAUUGUGAUCCAACUGAUAAAUCCUGUCUCAGAUCUGCUAACGAUGAUACCACAGAGCUGAACUUUUUAAGUUGUGAAUCAAUUUGCGCCAAGUUGAAAGAAACUCAUGGAACUAUGGUAGAAGCCGAUGAUUUAUCACAAUCAAUACAGAAACAACACGAUCAGGAAAAGUGUGACAUGACAGAAAUUUAUCGAGAGAUUGGUGGCCCACAGAUAAAUAAUAAAUCAGAAAUGUUUGUUUUAGCUUGUUAUCUGAAUCUUUAUAUUUUUUUAGUUUAUUGUGGAUUCGAGCUAUAA